GCGACAGCGACAAAAGUGACGACCAUGGCGCAGGAAACAUCCACCGUAUGACUAGAUGUGUUUAUCAUUUUAUUUAAUUUCUUGUUUCCAAUUGACAUCAUUGGUACUGGGGUUGUGUCGGUUAUUGUACACAUGCUUGUUCGUUGUAUUUGCAUGUGUAUGUCAAACAGGUCUUUUAGUGUGUGAACAAAGAUGCAACAAGUACUUGUUGGGUGACAACGACAACAUCAGCUGUCGUGUGAAUUGCAAAAAAGGAUCUCUUCCAUUGAAAACGGGCGCGCCAUGUCCAUCCAGUCGGACGUGGAUCGCAUCACUACCAGUACGCAUCUAUUGUUCUGUAGAUCGAUGGGAUUCUAUAUGCAGUUAUUACAUUCACUGCACACACCAAAAAUACCGACAAAGCAAACUAAAACUUACUUUGGGGUCUAUCCCCAAUAUUUACCCCCGAUCGACUUUCUGAGCCCGGAGGGUCAUGAGCCAAUAAUCACGUCAGGGUGGAGAUUGAACAAGUUCUAGCUGCGGGCUGCCGGUUGCUUGCUAUUUUGGAUUUCCGUUGACCUUCUGAUGGUGCAAAAAAAGUUCUUUUUGUUUUUAUCCAGUUUUCCAGUCGUUUUUCGGGCUUGUUUUAACGGGCCAGAUUAUUCCAUCAUUCCAUGUCUCCCAUUCUACCUGAUCCAAUUGCACGCCUUCUUACAGCUCACAGCAGAGUGUUAACCAGUGUCGUCCGGCCGUCUGUCGAUGAACCUUGUGCCCUUUUCGUCAAAGAGGCCAUAGCCAUUUGUAAUGCGCUCAGUGGUUACGUGAGUGUUUCGAUUGGGACAAAAUGGGAGCCCAAAAGUGUCGUGUCCAGAGAUGACAUGCCUGUCAAUAUCUUCUGGGAAGGAAGUGAACAUGAGGAGGCAUUGGAGGACAUGUGGAUAAAGGGCAAGCCUAGUGUUUCUCACCCUGACACAACCAGUCGAUCUCGCACAUCCUUACACGACUUUUUGAGACAUCAAUCGAGUACAGGACCAUGUAAAAAGCGACUGGAUUAUCCUCAGCAUUCCUCUCCAAUCUGAUGACUCGCCAAAGCCAUCCGAACCACGGGCGAUUCUCCACUUGAAUAUCUACCCACAUGCACUUCCAUCCUUGCUCACUCUAACGAACCUCUGCUCGCUCGGAGCGACGCUUUUUGCCCUCCAGUCGUGCAUCGAUGCUUUGACAGCUCAAGUGCGACGGAAUAAUGUUGUACAAAAACUGGUCUUGGAUAACGUCGAAGAAGCAGUUGCCAUUCAGUUAUAUCCAGACAAUCUGAAUGCGGUAAAACAACCAGAUUCGGCAAUACCAUUGCAACUCAACUCUGCUGGCAAUGUUUUCUUUAACGGCAAUCGAGAUUUAUACCUUGUUUCUCCGCAUGAAGAGGCAACACAUGGUCCCGAAAGCCCCUUUGCUCGCGCCGCCUCGCUCCCACCAGAUAACAACAUUCAAAAAGGCCUGCACAUCUCCGUUAGCCCGCGCCCUGAACCAAAUCAAGCUCGUCUCCGACUCUCCCAACAGCAAUUCACGGCAAUCGCAACUGUGAUUGCCCUCUUUGACGAUGAUGGGACUCGGUUUGGCGGUAUUGUGAUUACCCAGGAUGAUCGCGAGCGAAAGAGAGAGGCAGAGCGACUGGAAGAAAGUGGGAGGCAGUUGAGAACCAUCUGUGAAGCCAUGCCGCAGUUGGUGUGGACGACAGCGCCGGAUGGGUCUCACGAGUACUUUAACACAAUGUGGGUGGAAUACACUGGGUACUCUAUUGAAGAAAGUUGCGGAGAAGGAUGGAAGCACGUUCUUCAUCCAGACGAUUAUGAACGAGUAGGCCUGACAUGGGCGGGGUGCUUGGCAACAGGAAAUCCGUACCAAGUAGAGUAUCGCUUCAAAAGAGCGAGCGAUGGAAUGUACAGAUGGUUUCUAGGAAGAGCACUACCUCUGCGUGACGACAAUGGCGAGAUCACAAAAUGGUUGGGAACAUCAACAGAUAUCCACGACCAUCGAGAAGCCUUGCUCGAAAUCCAACAAGCCCGAAGCAAACUUCACCGAAUCAUGACACACACAUCCCUCUACCUCUGGUGCGUAGACGAAAUCGGCAUCAUCACACUCGCCCAAGGAAAGUUCCCCCGAACCCCACGGGAAGUAGUCGGUAAAUCCGUUUUUGAAGUAUUCAAAGAUGUACCCACCAUGUGUGAGAGCGUAUCAAAAAUCUUGGAGGGACGCGAGACCCAUGUGCUGGAUGAAUGCUAUGUGGAAGGUGCGUGGUAUCGAACGCAGUAUACGCAGGUUAUGGAGGAAGGGCCGGCAAAAAAGAAGGGAAUUGCGUGUGUGUCGUUUGAUGUGACUGCGAGGAAAAUGGCGGAAAUGGCAUUGCUUGAAAGUGAAAUACGAGCAAAACACUUGUUCCAGUCCAACAUCAUUGGCGCCAUUAUUUUCUCAACAGACUCCACGUUCCCCUCAACACACAUUGAAUGCAAUGAUGCCUGGCUCCACCUAUUAGGGCUAGAUCGGGAAGCAUACGAAAGCGCCCUGGCUGAAGAACGACAAUUUCAUGGCGCAAGCGAGAAUCAUGAGACACUCAUCAAAGCUGCAAGGGCUUGUUUGAGAAACUGUGAACGAGAACUGAUCAAGCCGGAUGGGACACGAGUCCCCGUAUUACUCGGUGGUGCUAGUAUACCCCACCAAGAAAACCUGUACGUAGCAUUCGCCAUCGAUCUAACAGACCAAAAACGCAUCCAAAACAAAGCCCACGAAACCUCCCAGCAACUACGUCGCGUCGUCUGUUCCCUCCCAGCUUCUGCGCUGAUUUACGCCGUCUCGCUAGAUACACAUCAAAUCACCGUCGCAGAAGGCCAGCCCCUUUCCCCCCUUUUUUGCCAACCGGACCAGAUGGUGUCAACACGCUAUGAACAAGCCAUCAAAGACCCAGAAGUCAUUGCAUGCAUCCAGUUGGCGCUCUCUGGCGGGUCCACGAGGCAAGUGAUCAAACGAGGCGACAUGUGGAUUGAAACUGCUUAUGGUCCUCUACGAGAUGCGAAUGGGAGUGUGACGGGAAUGGUCGCGCUUGCCACUGAUGUGACGGAACGGAGGAGGAUGUAUGAAGAAUUGCAGAAAAGUAUUGUGGAAAAGGGGGAAUUGAUGGCUGCUGAGGCUGCCGCAAAGGAAGCUAGCCGGCUAAAGAGCGAGUUCCUGGCAAAUAUGAGUCACGAGAUUCGCACCCCUAUCAACGGAAUCGUCGGCAUGACGGACUUGCUCUUAGACACACGGUUGACAGAAGAGCAAAGAGACUGUGCGGCAAACAUUCAAAGAAGUGCCGAUGCAUUGCUGGUUGUUAUACAAGACAUUCUGGAUUUCUCCAAAGUCGAAGCUGGUAAACUCGAACUAGAAGACACACCCUUCUCCCUCCCUCAACUCCUAUCAGACACUGCACAAAUGGUUGCGUACAAUGCCCAACGAAAAGGCGUCACGUUCACCCGCGAACCUAUCGUCGUUGUAUGCAAUGACGGGAAAAGGCUGCAAGGCUGUGACGAUGCUAUUCCCAUUGUUCGUGGAGCGCCAGGGCGGAUCCGGCAGGUGUUGGCUAAUCUCUUGAGCAAUGCCGUCAAAUUUACGAGUGCCGGAACGGUUACCAUGCGUGUCGAGAUUAGAGAAGUGGAGGAAGGGCGGGGGGAGAGUAAUGAGCAAAUGGCGGCGGGGGAUGAAGAAACAAAGUGUCCAAAUGCUCGACCCUCCACCAUGGGCACCUGUUCCCCUCCAACUCCCUUGUACCUCUCAGUACCUUCCAUUACAUCAAAUGGAACAGCAUGCACAGCCCAUGUCCCACCAUUAACACAUGCAACAUCUGCCAUCCACUACCCUCACAUUCACCUUUCCGUACAAGUCCUCGACACUGGCGUCGGCAUCAGCGACGCCACCCGCUCACGUCUCUUUGUCCCAUUCCAGCAAGGCGACUCCUCCACUGCCCGUCGUUUCGGUGGAACAGGCCUAGGCCUCGUCAUUAGCAAAAAACUCGUAGAACUCAUGGGCGGGGAGAUUGGGAUUGAGGGACGAAAAGAUGGGCAAAAUGGGAGUUGUGCGUGGUUUUCUCUUCCUUUACGUAUAUGGGAUGGAGAUACCGGUGAUGCCAUCGUAUCGUCGGUACCGGUCGAUACCAGAGACUCUAGACAUGGUUCCGAAAGCCGGGCUUCGCAAAUCGAUCUGACACUUGACAGGACGCUAUCCAAUACCACGUUACAAUCAACUGGAUUGGAUGUACCAUAUGAUACGACAGUAUCAUCUACAUCUUCGCUUACGUCGCCCAAUGCGACUGUACCCAGUACUCCAAAAGUAAGGCGACCCAUGCGGAUCUUGGUGGCAGAAGAUAACGAUCUCAAUUGCCGCAUCGUUCUCCGCAUGCUAACCAAACUCGGCCACAAAACCGACGCAGUCGCUAACGGCGCUCAAGCCGUCACCGCCAUCAUGGACGCCUUCCACCCACCACCACCAGACCCAACACAAGAAUCAAAAAACGAGACCCCUGAAACAGAAACACAGUACGAUUUAAUCUUGAUGGAUUGUCAGAUGCCUGAAGUGGAUGGGUAUGAGGCUUCUAAACGGGUUAGAAAGUUGCAACCUCCUGCGAGGGAUGUUCCCAUUGUGGCCUUGACUGCCAAUGCUAUUAAAGGCGAUAGAGAAAAAUGCCUGCAAGCAGGAAUGGACGAUUACCUUACAAAGCCCUUCAAACAAGCCGACUUGGAACGAGUCGUCCAAAAAUGGGUCGGCAAGAAAAGUGUGUUGGGCGGGUUUGCGAAUGGCUGAAAAAAGGUUUGAAAGAAACACACAUACAACCCAUGAGAAUCGAUUUCGGUCGUUGAGUUUUCAAUGGAGAAUUGGGUCCCGGCGACACAACUUCAAUACUCCAGACUUUAUCUAAACAAUCUUGUAAUAUAAUGUACUUGUUUGGGAAUCUGCGAUAUAUAUCGUAGAUGUACCGUGUAAAUAUCCACAUCUGCACGCCCCCUCA